AUGAAACCCAUCCCUCUGCCCCCGGCCAACUUCCUGCUGAAGCCAGAGGCCACGUGCAGCAUGGCCGGCUGGGGCCAUACCGGUGCCCACAUGGUGCGUUUUCCCACCAGGCUCCAAGAUGUGACCUUACAGAUGGCUGACAACAAGCAAUUCAGACUCUUCUUCGACUCCUUCAACCGGACGUCCAUGCUCUGCGUGGGGAACAUCAAAACAAAGCAGUCGUCUUUCGUGGGUGACUCCGGGGGCCCGCUGGUGUGCAGUGGGGUCACCCAGGGCAUCGUCUCUCACGGGAAAGACAGUGGCCUCCCGCCCGCCGUAUACACGCGGAUCUCCGCAUUCAUCCCUUGGCUCGGGAAGAAGAUGGGCAGGGAGUAG